AUGGCUGGGCGACCGCCUGGAGGAGGUUUCAAUACGGGAUACUCGAAUAAUCGCGACGACCUCCUGCUCGACCUCGACAAUGACCAACCUGUUUACGGCGGCGGCCAACGCUCCAACCUUAAUGACGACGACCUGAUGCGCUUCCACGAACAAAAUCAAGACCCCCCACCAGGAAGAACCUCAGUGUCCUAUGACGACUUUGUUGGCGCUCGAGAUGCGAAUAAUGCUUCGUCUUCGCAUCCCCCGGGUGCUUUAGGUGUUCCUGGAUCCGGCCCAGGCUCGAAUCCUUACCUUACGAGACAAUACAGCCAGACCUCCGAACUUGGCAAUUAUCAGCGAUACGCUGACGAUUUCGACGAUUACCCCGUCGAAGGCGAUUCCUACUACCACCACGACGGAGGCGCGAGAGUUGACGAAAGCACACCCGGCUUGGGUAGGAAUAAUGCGCGGAAUCGAAACAGCGUCUUGAGCAUGGGUGGAGGCUUUAUAGGUAAAGUUAAGAACAGGCUUGGCAUGGGACAAGGUUACUCAGAGAUGGAUCUGCCUUUAACGGAGCCCGGCCACGAGCGAGGGGAUUCUGUUGGAGGACAAUCUCAGCUACCUCCCCAGCAGGGCCAGAAGGGUAGAUUCGACAUGGGCAACUUCAAGUUUGGAUUUGGAGGAUCGAAACCGGACCCCUCAACCCUCGGACCAAGAGUUAUCUACCUGAACAACCCACCCGCCAACGCUGCCAACAAAUACGUCGACAACCACAUCUCAACCGCCAAGUACAAUGUCGCGACAUUCUUGCCUAAAUUCCUUUACGAACAGUUUUCCAAGUUCGCCAACAUCUUCUUCUUGUUCACUGCCGCGCUACAGCAAAUUCCCAACCUGUCUCCGACGAACCCGUAUACAACCAUUGCUCCCCUCACCGUGGUGCUGAUUAUUUCUGCCGGAAAAGAAUUGGUUGAGGAUUAUCGCAGAAAACAAGCCGAUAACGCUCUUAAUACCUCUAAAGCUCGCGUGCUCCGAGGCUCGAAUUUCGAGGAAACUAAAUGGAUUAAUGUGGCCAUUGGAGACAUCAUCAGAGUUGAAUCAGAAGAGCCUUUCCCUGCUGAUUUGGUCCUUUUGGCUAGUUCCGAACCCGAAGGUCUCUGUUAUAUCGAAACUGCGAACCUGGAUGGUGAGACUAACCUCAAGAUCAAGCAAGCGCUGCCGGAAACUUCGUCUAUGGUUUCGCCGAAUGAGCUUAGCAGGCUAGGUGGACGCAUCAAGUCGGAACAACCCAACAGCAGUCUUUACACAUACGAGGCAACUCUGACGAUGCAGAUGGGAGGUGGCGAGAAGGAAUACGCUCUCAACCCCGAGCAAUUGCUUCUCAGAGGUGCUACACUCCGAAACACUCCCUGGGUCCAUGGUGUCGUAGUGUUCACCGGCCAUGAAACAAAGCUAAUGCGAAACGCUACUGCGGCUCCCAUCAAGCGUACCAAGGUCGAGAGAAAACUCAACUGGCUCGUCCUCUUGCUGGUCGGAAUUUUGCUGGUGUUGAGUAUCGUGUGUACUGUCGGAGAUUUGAUUCAACGAAAGGUCGAAGGAAAUGCUCUUUCAUACCUUUAUCUGGAACCUACGAACACUGCUGGACAGAUCACCCAGACGUUCCUCAAGGAUAUGGUCACAUAUUGGGUUCUGUUUUCGGCUCUGGUUCCUAUCUCCCUCUUCGUCACCGUCGAGAUGGUGAAGUACUGGCACGCAAUUUUGAUCAACGACGACCUUGAUAUGUACUACGACAAGAACGACACACCUGCUACCUGCCGAACUUCAAGCUUGGUGGAAGAGUUGGGAAUGGUAGAAUACGUUUUCUCAGACAAGACUGGAACACUCACCUGCAAUCAGAUGGAGUUCAAGCAAUGUUCAAUCGCUGGAAUCCAAUACUCUGAGGAUGUACCGGAGGACCGUCGACCAACCAUGAUUGAUGGCGUUGAAGUCGGACUUUUCGAUUACAAGGCUCUCAAGUCUAAUCUCGCCAAUGGACACGAGACCGCUCCUGCAAUUGACCAUUUCUUGUCACUGCUCGCAACGUGUCAUACUGUUAUCCCGGAAAUGGAUGAAAAGGGCGGUAUCAAGUACCAAGCCGCUUCCCCUGACGAAGGUGCUUUGGUCGCUGGUGCCCUGGAUCUCGGUUUCAAGUUCACUGCUCGAAAGCCUAAGUCGGUUAUUAUCGAUGCCAAUGGCCAGGAACUCGAGUACGAACUCCUUGCUGUUUGUGAAUUCAACUCAACCAGAAAGCGAAUGUCAACUAUCUAUCGAUGCCCCGACGGCAAGAUUCGAUGCUACUGCAAGGGUGCCGACACUGUUAUUCUGGAGCGCCUCAAUGACCAGAAUCCCCAUGUCGAAGUCACGCUCCGACAUCUUGAAGAGUACGCUUCCGAGGGUCUGCGAACACUGUGUUUGGCUAUGCGAGAAAUCCCCGAGGACGAGUUCCAAGCAUGGUACAAGAUCUACGAUACUGCUCAGAUGACCGUCGGUGGUAACCGUGCUGAUGAAGUGGACAAGGCUUCGGAAAUCAUCGAGAAGGACUUUUUCUUGCUCGGCGCAACUGCUAUUGAGGAUCGUCUUCAAGAUGGUGUUCCUGAGACAAUUCACACUUUGCAGCAGGCCAACAUCAAGGUUUGGGUUCUUACAGGAGAUCGACAAGAGACUGCCAUCAACAUUGGAAUGAGUUGCAAGCUUCUCAGCGAAGAUAUGAUGCUUUUGAUCGUCAACGAGGAAUCGGCAGCCGCUACACGAGACAACAUUCAAAAGAAGAUCGACGCUAUCAGAACACAGGGUGAUGGCACAAUAGAAACGGAAACUUUGGCUUUGAUUAUCGACGGAAAAUCUUUGACGUACGCACUUGAGAAGGACCUGGAAAAGAUGUUCCUCGACCUAGCGAUUAUGUGCAAAGCUGUCAUUUGCUGUCGUGUGUCUCCCCUUCAAAAGGCCCUCGUUGUUAAGCUUGUCAAGAAGUAUCAGAAGGAGUCGAUUCUCCUCGCUAUUGGUGACGGAGCAAAUGACGUUUCUAUGAUUCAAGCAGCCCAUAUUGGUAUCGGUAUCAGUGGUGAAGAAGGUCUCCAAGCAGCACGAAGUGCCGAUGUGGCUAUCGCUCAGUUCAGGUUCCUACGAAAGCUAUUGCUGGUUCAUGGCGCAUGGAGUUAUCAGCGUGUCACAAAGACGAUCCUGUUCUCUUUCUACAAGAACAUUGCCUUGUAUAUGACACAAUUCUGGUACACAUUCCAAAACGUCUUCUCCGGUCAAGUUAUUUACGAAUCAUGGACACUGUCAUUCUACAACGUCUUCUACACCGUUUUACCUCCCCUGGCACUCGGUAUUUUGGAUCAGUUCAUCUCGGCCCGCCUACUUGAUCGUUACCCUCAGCUUUACAUGAUGGGCCAGCAGAACUACUUCUUCAGACUGAAGGUCUUCCUUGAGUGGAUCGCCAACGCCAUUUACCAUUCAAUUGUACUCUACAUUUGGGGUCAACUAUUCUGGUACGGCGAUCUCAUUCAAGGAGAUGGUAAAAUUGCUGGUCAUUGGGUUUGGGGCACGGCGCUUUACGGUGCUACUCUUCUUACUGUUCUCGGAAAGGCCGCCCUUGUCACCAACAACUGGACAAAGUACCACGUUAUCGCUAUUCCCGGAAGCAUGGCCAUCUGGUAUGUCCUGACUGCCGUCUACGGUAUCGUCGCGCCAAUGGCCGGCGUGUCCAAGGAGUACCAAGGUACCAUUCCUAGGAUUUACGAGAGCCCCGUCUUCUGGCUACAGACGGUCUGCCUUGCCAUCAUGUGCUUGUUGCGUGAUUUCGUUUGGAAGUAUGUCAAGCGCAUGUACCGCCCGCAGACAUACCACCACAUCCAGGAAAUCCAAAAAUACAAUAUCCAAGAUUAUCGACCCAGAAUGGAGCAGUUCCAAAAAGCAAUCCGAAAGGUACGACAAGUGCAGCGUAUGCGCAAGCAACGUGGAUAUGCCUUCUCGCAAGCGGACGAGAGUCAAACACGUGUGCUUCAGGCAUACGACACUACUAAGCAUCGUGGAAGAUAUGGUGAGAUGGCCAGUUCAAGGCCAGCGGGCAGGUAA